AGAAGGAGGGCAGAAGAAGCGAGAGCCGGUCUCCACCAGCGCCUUCAGUUGCUCUUGAGACAGGGCCACGGCGGGGGGGCGAGAGAAGGGACAGAAGCGUCGCCACGUGUUGCGGCUGGAGGAGGCGACGAGCCUGUCUGUCGUUCGCUCUCUUUCCCCAGCGCCCCCCUUCAGCCAAACACUCGUGCUCUGGUGAGUCACCGGCAGUUCAGGAGGACCGCGCGGGAAGGGAGCGGCACAAAGGCAGCGGCGGGCUUGCCGCUGGGAGCCGCCACCAGCGCGGGAGACAGACAGCGCCUCGGCCAAGCCUAGUCAGCCAGCACUUGCGGGGCAAACAGCGACGUCUCCACCGCCUUCCCUCCAGGUGGCUCACUGGAAGUGGAAAGCGAGAGAACGGCUGCGGCUUCGGCAGCAGAUCGCCUCGACGGCGGUGGCAGGAGAAAGUGAGCGAAGGAAUCCAGGAGUGGGAGCGCCCGUCUGCUGAGCAGCUGUGCUUUCGUCUUGGGCAAGCAAGAUCCAAAGAAAACUUAUCAAGGUGUGGCAUAAAGAUGCUAAUGGAAACUCAGAAAACUUGCAACACUUGCUAAUAUAUGGAUAAAUCUGCAGCAAUGGAGCCUUCUGCUACAUCUGUCUCUUGGAUUAUUGUAUUGCUGUUGACUUUGGUACCGAGGAGCAAUGGUAAAUGUAAAGAAGCAGGUUCAAGGCAAGAGAUGAAUCUGAGCGUUGAGUAUCAACUCCCUAACUUCACUGCAGAAACCUCAAUACAAAAUAUAGUUCUGUAUAGACACCACAUCUAUAUAGGAGCAAUUAACAAAAUCUAUGUGUUAAAUGAAAGCCUUCACAAUGUCUCUGUGUACAAGACUGGACCUGUGUUGGAAAGCCCAGACUGUGCUCCCUGUCAAGAUUGUAAAUCUAAAAUUAAUCAGUCUGGUGGCAUUUGGAACAACAAUGUCAACAUGGCUCUACUCCUAGAAACCUAUUAUGGAGAUCGGCUCAUCAGCUGUGGUAGCGUUGCAAAAGGAACUUGCCAACACCAUUUCAUUGAUUCUGAAAACCCUGCUGACAUUGGAAAGAGAGUGCACUGCAUGUACCCUGAGCACAUGCAUGAAGAAUCAAACCAGUGUCCUGACUGUGUUGUAAGCCCUUUAGGAACCAAAGUUCUGGUAACGGGAAAGGGACGAUUUGUGUACUUCUAUGUUGGAAAUACUGUCAAGUCAUUUCAACAAGAUCAAUAUAUGCAUUCAAUAUCUGUUCGAAGAUUAAAAGAAACUCUGAAUGGGUUUGAGUUUCCAGCGGCCCACUCCUAUAUUGAUGUCCUUCCACAAUUCAUGGAUUCCUACCCCAUUAAGUAUAUCCAUGCUUUUGAAAAGGACCACUUUCUGUACUUUCUCACUGUCCAGAGAGAAUCUCUAGACUCCCCGACUUUUCACACCAGGAUUAUACGGUUCUGCUCGUUUGAUUCUGAGUUGCGUUCGUACAUGGAAAUGCCGCUUGAAUGCAUUUACACUGAAAAACGUAGGAAGAGGUCAACCAAGCAGUCAAAUGAAGUGUUUAAUCUUUUGCAAGCUGCAUAUGUUGGUAAGCCAGGUCCAGCCUUGGCCCAGGAAAUGGGUCUUGAUAUGAAUGAUGAUAUUCUAUAUGGUGCCUUUGCGCAAAGUAAACCAGACUCUUCAGAACCAACACAUAAGUCUGCUGUCUGUGCAGUAUCUAUCAAAACCAUCAAUGAAUUCUUUGGCAAGAUCGUAGGCAAACAAAACAUGAAAUGUCUUCAACACCUGUAUGAGAAGGACAGCAAAUACUGUGUAAACAGGACAUUUUCAAGAAAUCCUACAUACUGUGGAGCACAAGAUGAUGAGUAUCGAGUGGAGGUUACAAUGGCUUUGCAGCGGAUUGACUUGUUUGCAGAGCAAUUCAACACAGUCCUGCUAACGUCUAUAUCUGUCUUCACUAAGGGAGAUCUUACCAUUGCAAAUCUUGGGACAUAUGAGGGUCGCUUCAUGCAGAUAGUGAUUUCUCGUUCAGAACGCACAGUACCAUUUGUGAAUUUCCAGCUAGACUCCAAACCUGUCUCUCCAGAGGUUAUAAUUGAAAAUUCACAAGGUGACAAUGGUUAUGUCCUGGCAGUUACUGCGAACAAGAUAACAAAGAUCCCACUAAAUGGACCAGGUUGCUUUCAUUUCAUUACCUGCAGUCAGUGUCUUCUAUCGCCACCUUUCAUGAACUGUGGCUGGUGUAGCAAUCGGUGUGUACGUUCCUGGGAGUGCAACAUAGGAGGGUGGACACAGGAGACAUGCUUGCCCAGAAUUUCUCAGAUUCUUCCAAGCAGUGCACCUUUUGAUGGCAAUACAAGACUGACACUGUGCGGAUCGGACUUUGGAUUCAGCAAGCGUAACAAAUUCACUUUAAGAAAUAUGGCAGUUCUUAUUGGGGGACAGCAAUGCAAGCUGGAUGUAAAAGCUAGUAACAAAAACAAACUGGAGUGCAGUCUUGGUGCACUAAAGAAUGCAAGUUUUAAUGUUUCAAGUACUGUUUCCAACGGCCAAGCUAAUGCUUCCAUCAGUACAUUCUCUUAUGUGGAUCCUGUAAUAAGAAGUAUCUCACCCAGCUAUGGCCCAAGAUUUGGUGGAACGUUGCUGACAUUAAAAGGGGAAUAUCUAAGCAGUGGAAAUUCUCGAGAAGUUUAUGUUGGUAGAAAGCAAUGCAGCUUAACAAGGGUGUCCAAUAAUGCCAUAGAGUGUUACACCCCUAUACAAAGAGAAGUUUCGGAGUGUGAUGUUAGAAUGAAAAUUGACUCAGUCUUCCGUUCAGCAGGUCACUUUACAUACAGAGAGGACCCUGCUGUUUCGAAAAUUUAUCCAGCCAAAUCCUUUCUUAGUGGUGGAAGCACAAUUACAGCUCAGGGGAUUAAUUUGAAUUCCGCAUUCUCUCCAAAGAUGGUGGUAAUGAUCCCUAAGCAAGGCAAGAAUUUUACUGUGGCAUGUAACCGUCGUUCUAAUUCUGAGAUAAUCUGCUGCACAACUCCUUCACUAGAAUCCUACAAUUUGACUUUGCCUUUUGUGACGAAAGUAUUUUUCAUUUUUGAUGGUGUCAUUUCAUCAGGUUUUAAUUUUGAUUAUGUGAAUGAUCCUAGCUUUACAAUUUCUGAAAAGCCAGUGGUGAUUUCCAGGGGAAAUCAAGAUAUCAUGAUUAAGGGAGAUAAUAUUGACAUGGAAGCUGUUAAAGGUGAAGUUCUAAAGGUUGGAAACAAGAGCUGUGAAAAUAUCACCCGAAAGAUACAGUCUGUUUUGUGUACUAUUCCUAAAGAACUGCUGAAAUCAAACAGUGAACUAAAUAUAGUGUGGAAGAAAGAAAUUUCAUCCGUAGUUAUUGGGAAAGUAAAGGUUGUGCCUGACCAGAACUUCACCGGGCUCAUUGCAGGAUUUGUGGCACUGUUGAUUUUUCUUUUAUUGAUACUGUUCAGUCUCUUCCUGUGGAGAAAAAAAAGAAAGCAGAUUAAAGAUGUAGGCAGAGAGCUUGUUCGAUAUGAUGGAAGAGUGCACACUCCUCACCUGGACAGGCUUGUGAGUGCAAGGAGUGUGAGCCCUACAACAGAAAUGGUAUCAAGUGAAUCUGUAGACUACAGAUCAACUUUUCUAGAAGAUCAGUUUCCAGCUUUAUCUCAGAACGGAUCCUGCAGACCAGCCCAAUAUCCUCACACAGACCUGUCUCCCAUUCUGUCUACCGGAGACUCUGAUUUAGCCAGUCCAUUGUUGCAGACAAAUGUCCACAUUGACAUCAGUGCAUUAAAUCCAGACUUGGUCAAAGAAGUUGAGCACGUGGUUAUUGGUGCUGAUAGCCUGAUAGUGCAUUUUAGUGAAGUAAUAGGAAGAGGACACUUUGGGUGUGUCUACCAUGGAACUUUGUUGGAUACUGAUGGCAAGAAAGUUCAUUGUGCUGUGAAGUCCUUGAAUCGAAUCACAGACUUGGAUGAAGUAGCCCAGUUUCUGAAAGAAGGGAUCAUCAUGAAAGAUUUCACUCAUCCCAAUGUCCUUUCAUUACUUGGAAUCUGUUUGCCCAAUGAAGGGUCUCCUUUAGUGGUGCUUCCUUACAUGAAACAUGGUGAUCUUCGAAACUUCAUUAGGAAUGAGUCGCAUAACCCAACAGUAAAGGAUUUGAUUGGAUUUGGCCUGCAAGUGGCAAAGGGGAUGAAAUACCUUGCAAGCAAAAAGUUUGUCCAUAGAGAUUUGGCAGCAAGAAAUUGUAUGCUUGAUGAAAAAUUCACUGUCAAGGUUGCUGAUUUUGGCCUCGCUAGAGAUGUCUACGAUAAAGAAUACUACAGCGUACACAAUAAAACAGGAGCCAAACUGCCAGUAAAAUGGAUGGCUUUAGAAAGUUUGCAAACUCAGAAGUUCACUACCAAGUCAGAUGUGUGGUCCUUUGGAGUCUUACUUUGGGAACUAAUGACAAGAGGAGCACCACCCUAUCCUGACGUCAACUCUUUUGAUAUCACUGUUUAUUUACUACAAGGAAGAAGGCUCUUGCAACCUGAAUAUUGCCCUGAUGCACUGUAUGAGGUCAUGCUGAAAUGCUGGCAUCCAAAGCCCGAACUACGGCCAGCAUUCUCUGAGCUAGUUUCAGAUAUUUCUACAAUCUUUUCCACUUUCGUUGGGGAACAUUACGUUCAUGUGAAUGCUACCUAUGUCAACAUAAAAUGUGUUGCACCCUACCCUUCUCUUCUAUCAUCACAAGACAACAUAGAUAGGGAUGCAGAUACAUGACUGAGUCUAUUUAACGAUAUGUUUGUGGGGGGAAACCAUCAAUAGUGGCCAACUACUUUUUUGCUGCCUGGUUAUGUAAAAGCACUGUACUUGUAUGUGUUAUACAAACUGCACAAUUUGGAGACGACAGUUUCAUAUUGCUGAAAGCUACAGAAUUCUGUACUGUCCAAGUAUACAUUUCAAAUGCAAUGGGGAACUGUAGCAACCACAUUACUAUAGCAACACUUCAUCUACUGCCAACUAUUGCUCAUUUGUGAGCAGUCCAGCUGCUCUGGGACUCAUCAGCAGAAAGUCAGGCACUUAAGGGAUGAGUUAGCACUAUUGGUACCUAUAGUCAGCAGUCUUUUGUUGCAUAAGAGCCAGUCCAGAUAAUGGUUAUUCCACAGUUGCUAAGAUUUCUCACCUCUGUAUUGAAGGUUUGCUUUGCUCACUGUAGCAAAUGGGUUGUUUUAAGGCAAAGCUUUGGUGACCAAUGUGCAUUUGCUUUCAUGUCCAAGGACUACCACUCUUGGGACAAGAUUUCCAAAUAAAUUUGGGAUACUGGUUGCAGUUAUCAAAAAUAUUGCAUUGGCUUUUGAGAAUCGGAAUAUAUUAACAAUGAGCAUUGUAGGUCUUUAAAGAAACACAUUCUGAAACAAGGAUAAACACUUUCAGGCUUCUCUGCAGCCAGUGGGCCAAAGAACAUGAUGAACAAAUUUUGUGAACAACAUUCCAGUGAGUUAGUUAAGAAAUGGGGUAAACUGAACAGUGCAGAAGACCUGAGAGAACAGCUAGGUAAUAACUCUAGAUUUUCACAGCAGUGGCUGAAUGUGUGACUCAGAGGACCUGCAGCUGAAGAAAAGUGAAGUGCUUUUAAAAACAAAAAGUUAUCUAACCCUGAACCACAAGGCAUACAGCACUGUGUGAUUGCUGUUAAGCUGGGUGUGUCAUAUCUUAGCAAAGAAGAAAACUUAGAAGAGCUUGUGAUACAGCCCAUAGCGGCAUGGUGCCAUUCAACUGAUUCUGUGGAUUGUGACAUGCUGUGUAUUUCUUCAUGACCAAAAUAAAGGAGGAUUUUUAAAAAAACAAUUAUUUAAAAAAAAUUAAAUAGAAACUGCGCUUAAAUGGCGCAUCUUGUUUCAUUUAUGUUCCUGUGGAAUUCUGUGCAUUCUACUGUAUAGACUGUUUAGUGUAGGAUAAUAGCUAGUUUUGUUGGUGUAAACCCUUUCAAAGCAUUCUAUUUUUAUAUUGAAAUUUUUAUUUUUAAUUAUAUAGAUAGAUAGAUAUAUAAAGGUUCAGUCUGGCCAUAAAAUACUGCACUGUGAACACUUCAAAAAAUAGUUUAUCAGCCUUUGAUUCCUAAGUUGUAAAGAGGUUAAAAACUUGACGCUGUCAAGACUGGAAAGGCAAAGAGUUGAUUGCACAGCGCCUCCACCCCAAGUGUUUAAAAUCCCCAUUGCUGGAAUCAAAAACACUUUUAAGAUCUUUGAGGAGGCGAUGGCUAUAAACCAAUUAUAAAAGAGAUUUAUUGUUCUUGAGGAAGAAUGCUGCACUGAAAGAUUUAUGAUGAGGUUGGAGUGGGUAAGCAAACUACUUGCUGAUAAUACUGGAUUGUAUUAAACUGCCACAUCAGUUUCAGAAGCAAAUACUUCAUGUGUGCUGAGAGCAAUGCUAAUUGCUGCCUAAGCACAAAAGAUUUUGCUGCUGCCAACACUAAGGUGAAAAGACCUUUAGGGUUAAAGAAUAUGAUGCCAAGGUGUAGAGGAUAUAUUCUAGACCUGUAUACACCUGCUUGGAGGAAUGCUGCAGUGGAGGGAGAGCAUGAUGGAACAAUUAUACUAUACUAUUUAUGAAGAGAAAUCCAUGUUGUGUCUGGGACACCUGUAAAUAAUGUGUGAUUCUUGUAGGUAUUUGGUGUUUGUACAGUCAUAUACUUGCCAAUCAGAUGGGUGGUACUUACCUUUAUAGUUGUGAUGACCUAACAAACUUCUUAUUAAAGUAAAGUGAAACUUG